AAAAUCUUGGUACAAGGAGCGUGAAUAUCACUGAAAAGCAAAUAUAUUAUUGGUGGAUGACCUUCAGUCAACAUAUUUGGAAAAAAGAUGAAAAUCAAAUACAGUCAGCAAUUAAAAUUAUUGAACAAUAUGACGAUAUUGAAUUACUGCUAACUGUUGAAGAGAACGGAGUUACCAUGAUUAGCUUUGGAGUCAAAGAAAUUAUUAGCUGA